UGGCAACACUUUGGGGGCCCUGCCAUACACACGGGGCUGGCAAGCUGGAGGCCGUAACUUCUUCCUACAGCAGCCAACCCAAGUGCAAGCCAUGGAGCUUCAGGUGGGUAGGGCACUAGGUGGAUGCACACAUCCAGCGGCAUAGCGGCUGGAGGGACCCAGGGCAUGGCCGGACCCCUGCGGAGCCGAGUGGAGGAGCUAAAGCGGCCCUGGUGGAGGGAGAGCUCCCCCCUGGUGCUCCAGCACAGCGAGGCUGCCAGGCUUGCUACGGAUGCCCUUCUGGAGAGGGGCGAGGCUGCCUACCUUCAGGUCAUCUCUGAAGAGCGGGAAUUGCCCUUCCUGAGUGCCCUGGACGUGGACUACAUGACCAGCCAUGUGCGUGGGGUUCCCGAGCUCAGCGAGGCCCAGGGGCCGGAAACAGUAGGACAUGACCGCCUCAGCAUGCUCUCUGAAGUUACCUCAGGCACCUACUUCCCCAUGGCUUCUGACUUAGAUCCCCCAGACCUGGACCUGGGCUGGCCCGAAGUGCCACAGGCCACAGGUUUCAGCCCCACCCAGGCGGUGGUUCAUUUCCAGAGGGACAAGGGCAAGAGCAUCAAGGACCUGCUGCGAUUCCUCUUCAGCCAGGCCCACACGGUGGUGGCUGUGGUGAUGGAUGUAUUCACUGACAUGGAGCUUCUGUGUGACCUUAUGGAGGCCUCCAGUCGCCGUGGUGUCCCAGUCUACCUCCUCCUGGCUCAGGAGCACCUGAAUUACUUCCUGGAGAUGUGUUAUAAGAUGGACCUCAAUGGAGGGCACCUGGUGAAUAUGCGCGUGCGGAGCACAUGCGGAGACACGUACUGCAGCAAGGCGGGCCGGCGAUUCACCGGGCAGGCGCUGGAGAAGUUUGUCAUCAUUGACUGUGAGCAGGUGGUGGCAGGCAGUUACAGCUUCACCUGGCUUUGCAGCCAGGCCCACACCAGCAUGGUGCUGCAGCUGAGAGGCCACAUUGUGGAAGACUUUGACCGGGAGUUCCGAUGUCUGUAUGCCGAGUCACAGCCUGUGGAAGGCUUCUGUGGCAACGAGGAUCCACUGUCUUCCCGGGUACCUCGUCCUCCCCCUGUGACCCUGGCCUUUGGACCUGGAAUUCCAAGUGCUACGGGCUCCUCGCCCUCCAGUAACAGCCUCGGCAGCAUCAAGCAUUCGCCUUUUCUGGGCCGUUCCUCCUAUCUUGCUCUACCAGGAGGUGGUGGCUGCAGUGACACAGGGAUGGCGUCCUCAUCCCCAGGUCCUGUCCACCAUGAAGCCGGUGGCCCACCAUCCCUGUACCGUCAGCUUUCAGAUCCUAACCAUAGCUCAACUCCUGGACCCUACAGGGCCAACCUGAGCAAGCUGGGGGCGUCUCCAUGGUCCCAGUCCUCUCCUGCCCUCAACCACUGUAGUGCCAGUCCCUUGACCCUGGCGGUGGGGUCACCUCUGCUCCCAUGUUCCCACCCCCUUCUCCACUUUACUAGGGGAGUCUCAGCACUGUCCGGGCUUCCAGAGAAUGGGCUCCCAGCAAGUCAAGCGCUCAUCCUUCCGCGAGGUCGCUGGGUACCUGGCACAGCUCUGGAGACAGUGGAAGAGAAGAAGGUAUCUCUGAGCCAGAGCCAUGAUCACCUGGAUCGAAUUGUCCCCUUCCCUAAAGCAGGAGAAGCAGGAGGCCCCAACUCUAGAGUUACCCCCAAUUUAGGUUCCCUUCAGCAUGGUGAGCAGGCCCUAGAGGAUAGGAGAUUGUCCCUGAGCCACAGCUACAGCCAGCUGGAUCUCCUGUCCCAGGGUCUGGAUGCCCCUGAGUCAGGCUCCCUCAGACCUGGUGAUCUGGGUCUAGAGGACAGGAAGCUGUCCUCAAACCACAGCCAUGGCCAGUUGGACCUCCUGCCACAAACCCCCAAGGCCCAGGCCUCUAAAAUACCCCCUGAUGCCAAUUCUUCUGUCAGGCCUGGCAAACAGAGUCUAGAUGAGCGACGGCAGACUCUAGGCCACAGUCAGCUGGACCUCAUCACCAAGUUUGGCCCAUUCCGGAGUGAGGGGCCUGGACCCAAUGGUCCCCCAGAACCAAACCCAGUUCGCAUGGCCGGAGUAGGCUCUGCAGAUGAGAAGAGGCUGACUCUGGGCCACAGCAAACUGGACCUCAUCACCAAGUAUCAUCAACUACAGGGUGCCAGGCAGAGACCUGAGCCAGGACUCCCGGGAGCUCCCAUGAGUGGCCAUCAAAAUGGUAGUAGCAAUGACAUAUUUGCACCCGAGAAACGGCUGACCUUGGGCCACAGCAAACUGGACCUCAUCACUAAGUACAACAAGUCCAAAUUCAAGCAGCUCCGAAGUCGUUUUGAGUCCUAACUCUGCUCCUAGCAAGGACAGAGCCUCCCUCCAUCCACAGAGAGCUGGCAUGUUCAGGUUCAAGACUGUAGCAUGACAGUAUAAAGCUGGGACACUCCAUGAGGAAGGGAGGCAUCUAGUAGCUCAGGUCAGAUACUCCCUGGACUCAAGACUUAUACACACAUGCAUAGGCAUACAUACAAACAGCCCAGAGGUACUGAGUGUUUCCUGUAUGUCACUGGGGCUGGGCAUUGCACACUGGUUAUUCUCACCCUCCGUAUCCUCUAGAUGGAUCUCUUGUUGGCAUAUAGCUAUACUAAGUAUUAUUCUCCACCCCUGGUUUGUUUUGUUUUUGAAACCAGACAUUUAUUUUAUGGCUGCCUGAGACCCUCAAGAAUGACUGGAUGCUGCAGCAGCUGUCAUCUUGGGCUUCAGUGUCGUUGGUUUUUGCCCCCCCCCAUCCAUGUCUGAAUCUGAAAUAGACAAUUUUUAGGCACCUCUUCAACCUAGUCCCAGGAGUGUUUCACCUCGUGGCCUUGGCACUUUGGUUAUACUUCCUCUUGCAUUGGCAAUGGAGCCACAUCCGUAACAGGUCGACCUGAGAGCCGUAGUGAAGGUACAACGUGUGCAUCUUAUUGUGACGCCUUCCAAAGGAGGACGUUUCUUUCCUCAUGUUCUUUCUGCCACAGAGGCCAAAGAGCUGUUUUAAAAGUAUGGGAGCUGAAGUCCAGAGUUUGGAUGGUUAAUUUGGAGGUAGAUCCAAGUAAAUGACAGGGUAGGGAACUCUGCCAGUCCAGUGGCCCCUGGCUUUAAAUAUGCACUUUGCACAGACCCACAGUAUCUGCAGUUCCCGUGUCACUAUGUAUUUAAAAUGCAGACACUGCAAGGAUGCCCCAAGUGCCCAUAUAGUAGACAUAGAACAGUGAUUAGGUACACCCAUAGCAUACAGUGAGUACACAGAGCUCUAUGUGAUUGAGUCAAGCAGAACUUUAGUUGCAGGGACUUAGUCUUGUCUGCCUAAAUGAAUGGCCACAGAAAAUACAUGCAUUCAAUACACACUGCAGAACCCCCUCGAGGUUCACAAACCAUAAAUACACAUAUGAGCCCCAUCCCAACUUAUAAAGCCCUGCCCUGAACAUGCCACAGGGCUGCAAGACUGCUUAGAUGCGGAUCCUGAGGGUUGCAGCUUGAAUGCAUAAACCAUGGGAAACAAGGCAGAGCUGUAUCAAACAGAAAGUGUCCUAGGGACAGAGGGCCAUGGAGUUGGUGGACUGACCAGGGAAGUCUACCAGAGAGAAGCUGACUUACAGGCAGGUCCUGAAGGAUGGGGUUAUCGACAGAGGCAGAUGGGGAAGAGAGUUAGAAUUGUUGGUGGAGUCAGUCAGAUAGAAAUGGAGUGAUCCAGGGAAGAUAAGCAGAACAUGUGGAUGGACACUUAGACACAUACACACACACACACACACACACACACACACACACACACACACACACACCACACACACACACAGAGGCCACUUGCUGAAUGUCUCUUGAAGCUCAGGCUGCAGCUGGUCAUGGGCCUUUCUCUUGAACUCACCACCUGCCUGAGACAGGGCAUGGUACAAAUAAAUAAAGGCAGAUAUGGUUAGA